CUUGUAUACUAUGUACCAUGCAUAACUACCCAUGAGGCAUAACAUGUCUGCUACUUGUGAUGAUAUCCUUGCACGACACCCAUGGCUUGACCCACUUUGCAUGACAUCAUGCUUGACAUAAUGCUUGAAUUGGGUGACUGACGUUGAAGGUACGCUUGGCGUUUGACCUCUCUUGCUUAGCCAGAUUUCAUGUAUGGGUACCAGAGCAAAUUUCAUACCACGGGGGUGGAGGCAUUGUCCGGCUAUGGCCGCAGGCAACCGCUAGGCAGGGACAGGGGGCUUGGCCACUUAGCCCCAAAAACCUAAUAAGGCCCAGCUAGCUCAUUUAAUGAUUAAUGUUGAGUGUGCCUUAUAAAUCCAUGAAAUCAAUUAUAAUUAAUCGAUGUGGUAUGAGAUUUAUUUUUAGGUGUAAACAAUUUGAAAUCCAUUAUUAUUCGCCAAAAAAAUCCAUUAUUAAACUUUUUACAACAAUUUGUGUUGUUUAAACCAUCUGGUUCUUACUAGAAUUAAUUAAUUUACAUUUUAACAGGCCUAUAUGCUUGAAAUCCAGCCCGAAGGAUAAGAUAGACACACAAAUAGAAACGCUAGCUGAAUUAUAUAUAUAUAUAUGAGGAUAAGAUCAUUCCCUGAAGUAUAGAUGAAAGGUAUAAUAUAAUUGACGUCGGCUGUGUGGAUGCGAACCACAACAACAUGGUAGAAUAUGGAACAAUAACUUAGACAAAAAUAUGCUUAAUUAACACGAUCUCCAUACGACUCUAAGUCAUCAUUUGGCUUUAUCUUGUUGUUCUAUCAAAAAGUAGAACUACUCCACACACUUCCCGUUCGGCAACGCCAUUUGCUGGGCAAAAAACUGGACGAAGCAGAUGCCCUAAUUAAUGCACACGUAUAAAACGGCCAGUGGCCCCAUAACUGUGAUUCAACCAACAAACAAGCAGCAGAAAAGCAGUAGUAAAAUAUGGAGUGUUCACUGCAAAGAGCUGUAAUGGCCGUGCUGGUAGUAGCUGGUUAUCUGACGACGAUCAGCCUAGACGUCGCCGUUGCGCAGACUCCGCAGCAGUACUGCUCUAGCAGUGCGCCGGAAGAUCCGGUGAAGUACUAUUCCUACGCGGAGAAGGUGAUGAACGCUUUGGUGAAGAGGGCGCCUUACACCUCCACGCGUAUGUUCAAGGCCUGGUACCCAAACAAAAAGGUUGGCUCCGUUACGGGUGCGGCCACUUGUUACAACAACGACGCCGGCAGAUGCAAGGACUGCCUCAAGGCUCUCAAAGCCUCGAUGGAGGGCUGCAAGAUGUCAAUCACCGGCGGAUCUUUUGGCACCGGCUGCAAUAUGCAGUUCUGGAGGGUGGUUGAUUGAAUAAUGUGUGCUUUUAUGGAAAAGGUUGGUCGAUCGAGGAAGAGAUAUUAUUGUAGCCUUGAGUUGAGCUAAGUUUUUUUGACGAAACCUGAUUUCAUUACGAAACGAGGAAGAGCUAAGCUGGAUGUGCCGGUUUGAUCGUAUUUUUGGUCACCCGGCCAUUUCAGUUUGUGUUUUUUCUUAUCUUUUCGUUGUUUCAUCUAAGUCAUUUUUUUUCCUUCUGGUAGAAAAAAUCUUACGUACCCUUCUAUAGAUUGUGGUGACUUAAUAUUAAGUCACUUUGAUCUAGGGUUUCAUAUUUAUUUUCCAAAAUUUACUGUCGUGGAAAGAAGGAUAAUAAUAAUAAUAAUGUUGGUGAUGUGUCGAUUAGGCACUUUUUAAUUAGCUAGAUAGACAAAAAAAAAGACUCAUUCUCUCCUCACUCCGACAAAGCUUCAACAAUUCUUAGUUGUAAAAAGGUACUUUCUAACGGAAGUCUAAGCACCAAUUUAUAGUACGAGAGAGAGAGCACAAUGAGAAUUGUUCUCCUAAAGUCAGCCACAUCCUUCCAUAUCUAACUUGAAGUCAGUUUUCAUCAGCUUCUAGACGAAGUAGCUUGCUAGAGAAGCUUCCUAAAGAGCUAGGGUUUUGGCGGCGGUAUAGCAACUAUCAAGGCCGCUACUACUUGUCUUCGUGGGUUGGGUUCCCUGACCCAUGAAUAACUAAGCCUUGAGAAUUGGGCUCGUCUUGUGCACAUCUUCCUCAGCGGCGGUUGGACCUGAUGAUGGGCCGCUGCUGGUUUCUUCGUCGACUUAGGUCAAGUCUUCUUGCUAUGUACUUUCUUGCGAUUAUUAACAACUUCUAGUUGAAUUCUCCCUAAUUGGACCUCAUAUUUCUCACUAAAGCUCCAUAUUUUUCUCUUUAUAGGUCCUUAGGUCCUUCUGAAUUCUUCAAUGCUUGAUCCAAUCUUCCUUAGGUUGUUUUAUAUCUUCAAAAUUCACUAAAACAUACCUAGAGGGCAUCUCAAAGAGUACAAAAACAUAACUAGGUCUCAAAUAGUUGUGAUUUAGAUAGUAAAUACUAUUGACAUGACUAAGAUGUCUUGAUAGAAAGGACAAAUGUAUCAAGAAUGCAAGUGAUAAACACUAUAAAUAAAGUGUCAUCAGAAAUCCCUAAAUCCAAGAGAAUCAAGAUGUCCCAGCUUUUGGUCAUUCGUGCUCCCAAAAUUGUUGAUAUUUAGGACCCUUUGAGGGAUGCAUCGAUUCCUCUUCUUCGACGUCUACACAACUCCCGAUGAUAUCCACCCUCAUUAUCUUCAUUCUGCAACUUUCUCUUCUUAGGGGGCUGUUUUGCUCUCUCUGAUUUUUCCUUCUCGACUGCAAGGAAUUUCUUUCCCCUUUCAUUUAUUGCACACUUAUUUGUAGACAACUUUUCUACAAGACAAAAUGCAAACUAAAAAUUAUGCAAUCAAUGUAUUCGAAAACACAUAGAAUGAAAAGUAGACACCUCCGGACAUAAACAAACAAAGAACGUGGUCCAAACCAAAAACACUAUAAAACAUACGACAAAUAUCCUCCAACACUCCAAAAACAUGAGAAAGUCCAGAACCUCUAAUGCAUUCCAAAGCCUGCCAUAAAGUAGUCACCUCCAAACGUAAAUAAAAAACAACGUAAUCCAAACUAGAAACACUAUAAAACAUACGAAAGACCACAACCUGGAGCAUAUUUUCAUCGGAGCAUGAUGAUUUCUACUUCAUCCAUCAUGUCUUCUUCUUUCUCCAUAAAGUAAACCUCCUCUCCACUUUAGUAUGAAGAACCCUACCUUUGUAUCUUAGGAUAAUUGUUGUAUGAACCCUUGAUUGAGUAGUCAUUUCCAGAAUUGAUUGAGUCCUUAUCACAUUCCUUCUAUAUCUGCUUAAACCUAAGAGAGAUGAAAUCUUAUUAGGUUGAUUGAGCACCCUAAAUUGCAAGUAUUGAAUCGAUUGCAUGAAGGUGAAUCAAUUCAUUUCUCUGUA